AUGGCUGCGUCCACCACAAAAGUGGAAAAGGUGACGAAAUACGAGACAUUAAAGCUUCUGGAAAAAUGUAAAAAGGAGAGAGACGAUGCGAUACACAGAGAGAAUACGAUGAGGGACAAGCUGAGGCAAUACGAGUCCAGGAUAAGGUCAACCGAGGGGCUUAAACAAAAAAUGAAAAAUAUGUCACUGGACAACAAGGACCUGCGUAAAACCGUGAAAACGCUAAGGGCUGAUCUGGGUUUGGAAUCGAGUCCAAAGUUCCAAGGGAAAACCACCAGGGAUAUUAUCAACGACCUGCACGAAAAAGAGCGUCAGUGCAUCUCAAUGGUAGAAAGAGCGGGGAAGUUGAGUCGCACGAUUGAUGAACUUACAUCGGAGCUGGCCAACACAGUAACUUCCAAAACUCUUCUGGAAGAACAGGUAGAAUCCCUACAGCAGAACCUGAAGGAAAUGACCAACAACCAGCGUCGCUUGCUGAAACUUUGGGAGGACAAGAAAGCACAAAGAGAACAGCUGUCCCUUCCGGCUAUUGGUCAAAGACCCGGGCAGCGACCUGUUGUACAUAAAAGCGUUCAGACCGAGAUGUCCAUCAGCGUGGCCCAGAAACUGCCUGCUAAUGCUUUUGAAAUUAAACCAGUUCGACGGGAGACUGAAAGAAAUAAAUCCACUUUAGAAAAACGCGGUAUUUUACAGAACGGUAUUCAUCGAGAGAAAACAUCUUUCAUGCACUCUGAACCAAAGGGCGUCCCGAAUUUAUUGAUGCAACACACUGGUUUGGAGACCUAUAAUAGCAACAGCUAG